GCAGUGUCCUCGGUGUGCAGCAGCGCCCCGGGCUCCGGGCCCAGCUCCCCCAACAGCUCCCACAGCGCCAUCGCCGAAAACGGCUUCACCGGCUCCGUCCCCAACAUCCACGCCGAGCUCCUGCCCCAGCACCGAGCCCUCACCCUGGACGGCGCCAGCCAGCUCAGCCUCUACACGUCCCCGUCCCUGCCCAACAUCUCCCUGGGGCUCCAGGCCACCGUCACCGUCACCAACUCCCACCUCAACGCGUCCCCCAAGCUGUCACCGCAGGCGGAGGCCGAACGCCCGGCGGUGGCCGCCCUGCGCCCCGGGGCCGCCCUCACCGGCAAAUUCCUGAGCACCUCCUCCAUCCCGGGCUGCCUGUUGGGGGUGGCCUUGGAAGGGGACCCCCCCGCCGGCCCCGCGUCCCUGCUGCAGCACGUCCUGCUGCUGGAGCAAGCGCGCCAGCAGAGCACCCUCAUUGCCGGUGAGUCCCCCGCCCUGCCUCAGUUUCCCCCCCUGCAGCUGUCCCCCGCGCCCCCCCUGGGUAUCCUGGCGUUAUCCCACCCGGCUCUCGCCCGCACCCAGUCGUCCCCCGCCAGCGCCAGCAUCAAGCCCCCUGCGCCCGAUGGGCCCCCCAAGCACCUAUUUACCACAGGCGUGGUGUACGACACGUUCAUGCUGAAGCACCAGUGCACCUGCGGGAACACCAACAUCCACCCCGAGCACGCCGGCCGCAUCCAGAGCAUCUGGUCCCGUCUGCAGGAGACCGGUCUCCUCGGCAAGUGUGAGCGCAUCCGGGGCAGGAAGGCGACGCUGGAGGAGAUCCAGACGGUGCACUCGGAGCAUCACACGCUGCUUUAUGGCACCAGCCCCCUCAACCGCCAGAAGCUCGACAGCAAGAAGCUCCUGGCUCCCAUCAGCCAGAAGACGUACGCGGUGCUGCCGUGCGGGGGCAUCGGGGUGGACAGUGACACAGUGUGGAACGAGAUGCACUCGUCCAGCGCCGUGCGCAUGGCAGUGGGCUGCCUGGUGGAGCUCGCCUUCAAGGUGGCCGCCGGCGAGAUCAAGAACGGCUUCGCCGUCAUCCGCCCCCCGGGACACCAUGCAGAGGAGUCCACGGCCAUGGGCUUCUGCUUCUUCAACUCGGUGGCCAUCUCGGCCAAACUGCUCCAGCAGAAGCUCAGCGUGGGCAGGAUCCUCAUCGUGGACUGGGACAUCCACCAUGGGAACGGGACCCAGCAAGCCUUCUACAGCGACCCCGACGUCCUCUACAUCUCCCUCCACCGUUACGAUGACGGCAACUUCUUCCCAGGCAGCGGGGCACCCGAGGAGGUGGGCAGCGGGAUGGGAGUGGGCUACAACAUUAACAUCGCCUGGACCGGCGGCGUCGACCCCCCCAUCGGGGACGUGGAGUAUCUCACCGCCUUCAGGACCGUGGUGAUGCCCAUCGCCAACGAGUUCUCGCCAGACGUGGUGCUGGUCUCGGCCGGCUUCGACGCCGUCGAGGGUCACCUCUCCCCGCUCGGCGGCUACUCCGUCACCGCCAAAUGUUUUGGCCACUUAACAAAGCAGCUGAUGAUGCUGGCGGGGGGCCGGGUGGUGCUGGCGCUGGAGGGGGGGCACGACCUGACGGCCAUCUGUGACGCCUCGGAGGCCUGCGUCUCCGCUCUGCUUGGCCUGGAGCUGGAGCCCCUGGAUUCAUCCCUCCUGCAGCAGAAGCCAAAUGUGAACGCGGUGGCUACCCUGGAGAAGGUCAUCGAGAUCCAGAGCAAGCACUGGGGCUCGGUGAAGCGCUUCGCGGCGACCGUGGGCUGCUCCUUGCUGGAGGCGCAGAAGGGGGAGGCGGAGGAGGCCGAAACGGUGACGGCCAUGGCCCUGCUCUCGGUGGGCGCCGAGCAGGGGAACGCCGCCCCCCAGCCCAGGCCGGCGGAGGAGCCGAUGGAGGCUGAGCCCAUGCUGUGACCCACCGGCCCCUCGCCGCACGGCUGAGAUUUUUUUCCGUUUCCAAAAAAGAAAGAAACACCGAGAAGAAAAAAACACACACAAAGAAAUCACAUUA